AUGCCUCCAAAACUGCUGCAGGUCGGCGUGUCAUCUGUCCAUGCUCUGGCAAAACGUUUGAAUCUGCUGGCUGCGAUAUUUGGCCACGCCCCAGCUGCCUAUUCCAAAAGAGUCCAUGCUCCCCUGCUCCCAUCUCGUGGUCUUUGCCUGCCUGUUGUCUCGGAUUUCGGAACAACUGGAUUCAACGACACGUCCCUCUUCUCUCUUCGAACCGAUCCCUUGCAUUCCUCAUUCUUCUUCCGCGACGAGCUCCUCAUAGAUGACCUUCCCUGGAAAUCACCUAGGCCAUGA